AGGCACGUUGCACAACAUAGCAUUACAGAAGCUGAUGUCCUCUAGGACCUGGAAAUGCACUCGGUGCGAGACGGACCAGCGAAUCUCUCGCUAGGUGAUGGCUCAGCAGACAAGAUUUGGUCGGAAAUAUUUGAAGGCUUUUGUUAGUGGCUUCUUUGUGGCUGUACCUGUGACAGUCACUGUUCUUGAUCGUCUUGCCUAUGUAGCACGUGUGGAUGGAGCGUCCAUGCAGCCCUCCUUGAACCCAGAAGGAGGUCAUUCAUCUGAUGUUGUACUUCUGAAUCGUUGGAGUGUAAGAAAUUACAGGGUGCAGCGUGGGGAUGUUGUCUCUGUUGUGUCUCCUAAAAACCCUCAGCAGAAAAUCAUCAAGAGGGUCAUUGCCUUAGAGGGAGACUUCAUUAAAACUCUAGGAUAUAAAAAUCGUUAUGUAAGGGUUCCUGAUGGACAUCUAUGGAUAGAGGGAGAUCAUCAUGGACACAGUUUUGACAGCAACAGUUUUGGACCAGUUUCCCGGGGGCUCCUUCAUGGCAGGGCAUCUCAUAUAAUCUGGCCACCUAGUCGAUGGCAGCGGAUUGAACCCUUUGUUCCAACUGAUCGCAAGCCUUUGCUGAACUGGAGCCAAAAAUCCUCAGAGGAUGAGGAUGAUGAAUGAAAAAGAUGUUACACAAACAAACUGGCACUGACAGACCUUGUGACAAACUGUGGAAGGGACAUUUCACAAGACAGUAAAGUGGAUAUUCAAAAGUUCAUCUUAAGUUAGCCUAUACAGUAUAUUUUCUGUGGAUACUUUGCUUUCCUACUAAGACCUAUUUAAACUGUUUUAUUGUCUUCUUAAAACAAGUGUGACAUGAAAGUCAAACCAUGUAGAGUUGGCACUUGUUGAGAAGUCAUCACUACCUGAACAAUGUUUAGGAUGAUGAUGUCUUGCAUUCAAUUGCCUACUGUUUUUUUUUUUUUUAUCACACAGUGGGGUGACUGUUUCGUUGAGUGUUGCAAAGAUUUCUAUGCUUUACAAUACUGUGGCCACAAAGUAAAACAAUGUAGAAUGAAGUCUUCCAUGAUGGGAUCUACAAUAUGGUUGUGGUGAUUAUUUUUUUCUUAAAUCACAAUUUUGCCAUUUGACAUUGUGCUGGUCAAAUGAGAAUCUUUGAAUAAAAAUACAAUCAAACUAAA